UGUGGCACUCCGGGAAUGUCAGAUGUAAGCUUCGAUAAAAGAGCUGAGUGCGCCGAGCCCUGGUUUGAAAUGCAAUCUGUCGGUGGUGAGUUCCCCGCGCGUGGCCGCCUGCGGGAGCUGCAUCUACUGUACCAACAGCGCCGCUCAUACCACGACGACAAGACGCCCUCAAGCCCCUCAGGCUUCCUCUCCUCCCUCGGCCUCCCAUCCACUGCCCCAUUCAGCUUGUCCGGCAGAGAUAGAUGUGACGUCCCGACGACCUCACAGCCGCCCAUCCAACCCCCACUGCCCCCACUACCUGCGUCCCCGAGGUCUCCCCCACGUGCGUGGCUCCCGGCGCCAGCCCCUGCCAGUGCUGAUCGUGGCAUCGCCACGGCCGAGUCGUCGUACCCGUGCCAGUCGCCCGCUACCCACUCUGGCUCCUCGGCGGGAGGGGAACUAUCGUACCGCAGAUAUCGCCCGCAGCGGCCACGGCCACUCACCUGGGGCCCGCAGUCCACGCUACCUUAUUUUGCCCCGGACCACGCCGACGGGCCUCCUGCAGCAGCCCGACACGUCGCUGACCCUUCCAAGCCACCUGGCGGCCAUACUGCCGCCGGAACACAGGUUGGUUCUUCCUCUAGUAGCUCCAGCCGCGUCGGGCCUUACGGGUCUCAGCGGCUGCAAGCCCAAGGCCUCGCCGAGUGGCUGUUUUACGCCCGCCUUGACCGCAGCAACAAACACCUGAGUGAGCUGCCCACCACCAUGGAGCUGAAGGUCGCCCCUCAGGUGAACGGCUCGAAUGAGGCGCCCAGCGGCGACCCGCCGGUGCCACAGGUGACGCGUCAGGAUACAGAUGAACAGAUUAGUAGAGAAGAAAUUAUCAAGUCUGCUAAAUACCCAUCAGCUAAAUCAAAGUCUGAUCGAUCAGCGUCACCCCCUCCGCCGCCCCGUCCUGGCACUCCCUUGGACGAGCGGGACCCCGAACAGGUGUACGCCGAGCGCCGCUACCUCUCCUACUUCCAGGAGCCGCCCUACAAGCAGCAGCGAACCCGCAGCACCUCCCGUGAGCCCAAGACUCCUGACCUGCAGCAGAUUGAAGCCCAACGCAGGUACUACUGCCACUUCCUGAGUCCGCCGCGGGCCUCCACCCCCACGCGGGAGGAGGUGUACAGGACACGCGAGCCUGACGAGGCUCAACUAGCUGCCCAGAGACGCUACCUGUCCUAUUUUGAGCCAGGUCCUCCCAGGCCUCGCUCGGCCCGCUCCCAAGAACCUCCGGAGCCCAAUGCGGCUCAGAUUGAAGCUGAACGUCGUUAUAUGUCAUAUUUCAAUGCUGGGCCGCCAAGGGCACGACACGAGCCCUCCCCUGGGUCAAGGUCGUCAGCAGAGCCCGACCAGGAGCAGCUGGAGGCAGAACGUCGAUAUUUAUCAUAUUUCAAUACUGGUCCACCACGCCCACGCCCACGGUCACGACCCACCUCGAUAGCCUCGGAGCCUGACGCUGCACAGCUGGAGGCAGAGCGCCGCUACUUGAACUACUUCACUGCCGGGCCGCCACGCCCAAAGCGACGCCCGAGUGACGAAGAGGCCGUGCAAAGCAAGCCUGACCCCCAACAGCUAGAGGCGGAGAGGCGUUACCUGGCCUAUUUUCAAGGCACUCCAAGGGCUAAACACAAGCCAGAGGAAGAUAAAGAAAAUGAAAACGAGGGUAAACUCCGCGUUCCUCCUACACGAGAAAUGUUGGAGGCCGAGGAAAGAUUCCUGAACUACUUUAAGCCAAUUCCAAGUGGAGGCCCCAAACGCUUGCUGGACGAGCCGCCGCCCCUCAGCGAGCAGGACAGAGUCAGGCAGCAGCUGCUGCAGGAAUUCUGGGUGGCGCUUGAGAGCCGAGUGGACCGCAAGGAGAAGAAAAUUAUAAAAGUGAGUCGGCCUAAGCGUGAGAUCCAACGCGAGGCGACGCCGCCUACCCAGCGAGAACUGGUGGUGGAGGAGUUCCUGCAGCGCGUCAAGGACAGGAAGAAAGAAAAGGACCUUCACUAUGGCGACACAGACGACGAGGAGGAGGAGGACAAGAAGGAGGAGAAGCCGCCCGGCGAGGAAGCCUUGCCCACGCCCAUCAUCGAGGGUGGCGGCGAAGUGAAGGGAAAGAUCGUGGAGGACCUUGGCCUCUUUGUGAGCCCCGAGGUACUCCCUCGCCCCUAAGGCUGCCAAACUUUACCUUCCUCUUUCCUAUCCCUCUCUUACUUCUACCACCAUUGCUAUUAUUUCAUUUUCUGUUACUUUUUCUCCUACUUUAAAUACCACUAUUACUCGAUUUCGUCUUCACCUGCUUUCCUCUAAAUGAUUUUCAACCUCCUCUUCGGGCCUCCUCUUCAUUGGUCCUCCUCGUCACUUUCUUCUCCUCCCUCGUCGCCCCACUCCCCUCACUCCUCCUGCUCCUCACUAGCGCACU